CCUUCCCCGGGCGGCGGGGGGUGCGCUAUUUUGCGCGUCGCGAUUUGCGUGGUGGGCGCCCGGCGCGUGCGCACUAUGCGCUCGCGGCGUCCUCCUCCUCGCCCGCGCCUCCUGUGCGCGUGCGUGGUGGGCAGCGCGAGGGCGCAUGCUAGCGCCGGCCGCCGGCAGCGCGCGCGCGCCACGGGAUUGAAGCGAGAGCGGGCUGCUCGUGCGCGCGCCCCCCAGAGCCGAGCGGCAGCGCGAGAAGGAAGGCGCGACUCGCCAGAGGGCGGCCGAGCACCGAGCGCCAGAGCCAGCAGCCGAGAACCCCCCCUUGGAACCGAUGGGCCACGCGGCCGGCGGCGCGCCUCGCGGGCUGCGUCGUCCCGUUGCCGACCGGCGUGAGUGUACUGUGCUGUGAGCUGUGUCCGGUGGCGUCGAAGAAGAAGCGGGAACGGCGGCGGGCGCCGACGCCGGCCUGGACGCGCGGCCCGUGGACCUGCGCGCCUUGCGGCGCCAACGCGUCCCGGGCCCCCCGGGGGAACGCCGGGCCGCCGCACCACCACCCAUGCUGCGCCUGCAGCUCUUCCGGCCAGGUAAGCCAUGAAUGGUUCCUGGAUGAUGUUUGACCGGCUUCACGCAAGUAAUCCAGGGAUGAACGGUGACCUCUCGAACGACACACAAGACAGUGCAACUAGUCAAGACACGGGCGACCUGGGUCAGGAUGAAGACAGUAUGGACUCCGAGAAAGCCCUCAAUCUCAUCAAGAAGUCGGCGCGGUCGGGCCUCUUCCACGAGAUGGACGACGAGCAGCUGGAAGCGAAGGUGGCGCCGGGCAGCGGCGGCGGCAAGGCGUCGGCGGCGGCGGCCAACGGCCAGGCAGGACCCAUGGCCGGCAUGCUGGCGGCGGCCUCGACUCCGACGCCCGCCGUGCCCCCGUCCGCGCUCGUGACCACCACGGCGGCCGCGGCACUGGCCGCGGCAGCCGCCGCCGGACAGCUCUCGCUCAACCAGCUGAUGGUAGCUGGAGCUCAGGGCCAACAGUCGAACCUUUUAAUGCAGGCUGGAUUGGCUCAGCAGUUGCAGCACGUAGGCAAGUUGCCAACGGCUUCAGGUCUUCCUGGACUUCCUGUCAGUAGCCAGGACCUCCAGCAGCUACAACAGCAGCUCCAGCAGCAUCAGCAAAAUCUUCAGAAUCAAAUGGGCCAGUUUGUGUUUUUGCAGCCGGGACAGCUGCCACCCAAUGUACAAGCGCAACUCUUUCUGCAGAACCAGGGUCUCCUCCAGCAGGGCCUGAUGCAGCAGAGCCUGCAGAACCUGCAGCUGCAGGCCAGCCAGGCGCUGCCCCCUGGGGUGCUUUCGUCGCAAGCGGCAGCCACCGUGGCGGCUGCCGCUGCCGCUGCCGCUCAGCAACAGCUGCACCAGCUCCAGCAGCAACACCACCACCAGCAACAACAGCGGCAGCAGCAGCAACAGCAACAGGAGCACCAGGGGCACAACCGGGCAUUGCACCAGUCGCCACACAAUAUGGCUCACAUUCAGCACAAGCAAGCGCCGACAGGUCCUCACCAAGUCAAAUCGAGACCAGCGGAGCCAAGUCCAGAGGAAAUGACGGACUUGGAAGAGCUCGAGCAGUUUGCCAAAACGUUCAAGCAAAGGCGGAUCAAGCUCGGUUUCACACAGGGAGAUGUGGGCCUGGCUAUGGGAAAGCUGUACGGCAAUGACUUCAGCCAGACCACCAUCUCCCGGUUCGAGGCGCUCAACCUGAGCUUCAAGAACAUGUGCAAGCUGAAGCCGCUGCUGCAGCGAUGGCUCGAGGACGCGGACGCCUCGCUGAACAACCCGGCUGCCCUCGCCAACGCCCACACCACACCGGAGUCGAUCGGCCGGCGCCGCAAGAAGCGCACCAGCAUCGAGACGAGCGUGCGUGUGGCGCUCGAGAAGGCAUUCGUGCAGAACCCCAAGCCCACAUCGGAGGAGAUUGCCGUGCUAGCCGAGGGCCUCUCCAUGGAGAAGGAGGUGGUCCGCGUCUGGUUCUGCAACCGGCGCCAGAAGGAGAAGCGCAUCAACCCGCCACCGGGGGGCGCCGCCGCGGGAGCCUCGCCGCCGCCGCCCGGCCUGCACCUGAGCAGCCCGCCACCGCUGCCGCCGCUGGGCGCCCUCCACUCGCCGGCGUCGCUCGCGAGCAACGCGUCCACGCCGUCGCCCCCUCACGCGCCCACCCCGACCGCCGCCCACCCCCCGCGGCCGCUCCCGCUGCCGCCGCACGCCCACUCUCCGCCGGCCCUGAUCAAGACGGAGUGAGACGCCUUUUCCUUCCCCCGCCACCCCCUCCCUCACCAGUUCCUACCAUAUCAGAAGGCCCCCGCGCGCGUGGACGCGCGAACGGCCUCGUCUUUCCCCUCCCUACCUUCCCCAACCUCCCAGUGUCCCGACGCGUGUUCUUUUUUUUUUUUCUAGCUAAUUUUACGCGAAAGCGUGCUCGCGUUGCGACCACAAGUGUUGGAGCUAUGGACGCUGUUUGGAACGGCACUGUUGUCCACUGGCUAGACCCAUCGUGGACCUUGCUGCCGGCCCCCCCUGCCUACCUCAAGAAACACUGCAUUCAGGGGCGCGGGUCUGGUGCGGUCUCGACAACUUUUUUGUUCGUUUUCUUUUCACUUGCGAAAAGAAACCCACUCAAGUGAUGAAGCCCUGAAACCUGCGUUUCGUGUAGGCGAGGGCUGAAUGGACGCUGUGUACGAUGCUGUAAAUGCAGUGAGCAACUCAGGGAAUAUUGCAAAAGCAGAAGAGUUCACGACUUGUCUGUAAAAUAGUGUAAACUGUGCUCAGGCUGUGGAAUCCAAUGAGAUAUCCAUGUGUUCUACCUGUCUAUGGCCUGUUGUACGUGCAUCCUAUCAUUGUCCUUUUUACAUAGUGGUGACAUUGUUUUUUUUUUAGAUUUUUUUUAAAUGUUUGAGCAGCACUGCCGGUUUAAAAGGCAUGAUUAUGCUACCUCAGAUAAGGCUGGUAAUUCCUGUUUUUUACCGCUCUACCUCAAAAUUGCAUUUUACCUAUUGCAAGUAUUCGGACCAAAAAUCUCACCCAUUUACUCUUUUAACUCACACUGUCCAGGCAUUCAUACCAUUUGAUGACUACUACUCUGUGAGCACUUAAGGCAGGCAAACUGAAAUUCAGGUUUUUGAAAAGCACACAUCUUUCGAAAGGAAAACGAAUAGACAGGAUAGCUGCCAGUGCCAUUAUACAUAAAAAAAUGUGUUUUAUCCUUUCGACAUAUUAUGUAUACAAUGUACAUUUUUAUACCAGUUUCUGAUCACUGAGGCUGAUGUUAGUUUCAGAUAUAGUUGUGUUGAUCUUGGAUAGAGAUUUAUCUGGUUUUUACGUGUAUUUUGCCCCUGUCUACUUCAUUUCUUGCUUGGGCUGCAACAGUUCUUUUCUCUGUGAAGGAAAAUGAGAAAGCAUCAAAGGAAGAAUAUGUCCGAUUUUUGUAUUACAUUGUUGGCUCAUAUUUAGGAACGUUUUCCCACCUUUGCAUUGUUGAUUGUGUCCUGUACAUAGGUCUUAGUGGGAUGGCUGUCAAGACAAACCCCCAACGAAGGCUGUGGUACACCUACGGGCUUAACUGCAUUUCCAAUGGCACUCCCAUUUCUUGUGCACACAGUGUCCAGAGUAGGUUCCCAGCUAUUAUGUUUAAGGUGCAGCAGAGACGGUAUCAUUCGCUCCUCAGGUGGAGAGCUUUGCAAUGUAAUCUUGCACAUUCAUUACCUUUCACUUUAUAAGCAUGUAUAGUAGUUAUUGGUAAACUGUUACUUUUUAUUGAAAAUGAAUGUCGUUAUACUGCUGCAUCAGCUAAACGGCACCUGAUUAUUAUUGCAUUUGAGGUUCUUAAGAUUGUGUAGAAGCCUGAAAGAAAUAUUUAAAAUUUUUUCUAUGCGAAUCUUUAGCAAAAUAUGUAAAUGUUCAUAUUAAGUUUGAAGCCAUUCAUAGAGCCAAGAGCACCUUCAAAAGUGUUUUAUCACACAUUUAAAGUGUAAAUGUGCAUUCUUUAAUGUGUUAAAUGUGGUACACUUUUCAGCGGUAUGAAGGAACUAGUCUCUACCAGGCCGGUAUUUUUGGACACUGUGAGCAUAAGAAGAAAGCAUGUAAAUGGACGCAGUUCAAGUCGUUCUGUUGUACCCCUCUCGAAAUCAAACACAUGAAAGCAGAAAACUCAAAAGAUGUUAACGUAAUUGAAAUAUAUAUGUGUAUACACAAUGUGUGUGCAACUUUAGAAAUGACGUCUGCUUGUCAAAAUAACAGCUACUAGUAUUAUAUUUACGAGUGUACGCGUGAGGAGUGGUGAGAAUCGUUCUGAAGCACUUGUGUAACAAACCCUAAGACAUACAUUGGCGCGGGAAUACUUUGGCAUUUUUAGUGAUGGCUAUUUACCAUGAAGACCAUGUUCGUUCACACUGUUUUCAUGUGUGAGAGUGUGACUACUUUGUACUUGAUUGAACUUUAACUACUAGUCUGCUCAUUGAGACAAGACAAACUUUAAUCACUACAAUCUGCCAUAUCUUCUUUCUUUCUGUUUUUCUUUCUCUCUCUUUUUUCUUUUUUUUUACGUUUUUACUGCGCACUGUGUAAUCUACAUGUGAUCCGGUCUAUUAAGCUGAUUCUGUGCAAGAUGCGUAGCGUAACGUGCAUUUCUUCAAGUUUCUACAAUGACAGUAUAUGGCGCAGGUGUGGCUUUCUUCAUUUUCGUUGCUGCCACGUGUGCUGAAAUUGGACAGUUUGUUCGUUCUUGGUGGUGAACAACUUUACAUUUGCUACCUACGUUAUUUGUCUGGUACACCAAAGUCGAGUACCAAAUGUCUCAUCACAGGGAACAAACUCUUGUACCCAGUAAUUGCGGAGUGAAACCCAAAUUAUUGCUUCUCUGCCACGCACUGAGCUCUGCCUUGCCUUUUGAUCUGGCGAAUCGUUUAAUGCGGGUUCUCAUCUGGUGACACAUGCGUCCCCCUACAAAGAAUGUGUCAGUGUCUCUGCCUGGUGGCUACUUGUAAUCAGCUUUCGAGAGGCCCCAAUCGGUUGCCGACUGCGUGGCGUUACGGUGCUUAUUAUUUCCCCUUUUUCAGCUUUUUGCCCAUGCAUGUACCCUUAGCGAACACUGAAAGUUAACACAAGCUGUUUGUACCAAUAUUGGAUUUGCAGCUCUCAGCUGACUCAAGAAUUUUCCGGUUCGCUCAAAAAUAUAACGGCGAUAAGUCCGAGAAUUGACAAUUCGGAAUAAAUUAUUCUGUCGACUGGCGAUCUUGAUUGUUUUCCCUAAAAUAUUUUAACCUGAUGAAAAACGCAAAAAAAGAUGUGAAGACGUUUUUUACUCAAGACCUUGUUGAGAGUGUUCAGCUCAACGCUCCGUUAGAAAGGGAAAUGUUGGAAUGCUAAAACAAAGUUUUGUUUUCUAUGUCUUAAUUUCCUCUGAGUUGAUCUCCCACGUUUUUAUUUCUCUUAUUCACCGCACAUCACCGAACUCGUUACUAGAGAAGCUGCCACGGUGUUGGACCUUGGCAUAGUAUCGGUUAGGGGCUGAGUUAGUUCAUCCGUUAGUUCAUUUAUAUUCUGGAGUCGUUUCGAACCCAGGAACGCUGAUCGCCUUACCUGUGGACGUCGUUGGGUUAGUCAGCCGGCGGGUUAGUCAGCCGGCUGGUCUGCCGGUCAGAGCGUCUGGGUGCGCUCAUCUCGUGACGCGAAUCGGUUAAGCCUGAGCUGGGUUGGCGGUGUCACUGCGUGCCGUAAAGUGGCGUGUCAUACCCAUUCCUUGCCCGACCGGUGUUGAAUGUCUCGUUGCGUGCUUAUACGCCCAUCUUCGCAGUCGGCGCGCGUUUAUACUUAUUACAUAGCCUGUGGAGCAAUUCUUUCGAAAGGGGUUCGGGUAUGCCGCCUUGCAAGAGCACACUGCUUCUUUCAGUGCCAAUCGAGCCACUCAUGUCACAUCAGUCAUCCUCCGCAAUUCAUGCACACACUGGACGCGCUUUUAUUUAGCGGGGCACACACACCUCACACUCAUACACUCACUCAUGCACACCUACAUUGUACACGGACAACCAGCAUUUCGCAAUAUGCUCGACAUCGUUGAAAGCGGGUAUUUUUUCUGUUGUCUUAACGGAAGGACUGAACUGCAGGGAAGUGUGCAACGGUAACUUAUGUUGUGUAAUCGCCUGAGAGGAGAAGAUCGCAAAGCAGAGGCUUAUUUCUCCCUCUCUUUAUACUUCUCUGUGUCUUCUCCUUCUUUUUGUUUUUCUUUUAUGCAAGGAAAAGAGUAUCCUUAUCAUAUUUUUUGGCGUCUAUAUUGUCUUAAUUCUCUCUCGCUUGUACUUUCCUCCCCCCCCCUUCUUAUCUGUUAUGUAUGUGCAGUUUGUGGUGUCUCUCGUCGUCGGUGGACCUUAUUUCUGUCGUGAUUUUUUUUUUCUUUCGUGUUUCUUUUAUUGCGGUUUUUGAAAAUGAGCGUGAAUACGCGUGUGUGACGAAGUUUUUGCAAGUCCAAAUAUAUUGUGCAUACAUAUACAUGCUAUGGUGUUGUGUGUCGGCGUUCCGCUGCGUUUUCCCGUCAACAUUCAGGGAUUUCUACACAUGCUGAUGCAUACUAUACAGUUAUAGGGGGAAUGCAGCGGAGCCAUUGGCACACUGUUAGCUUCAUUUUCUUUUUUCUUUUCUCUCUCUAGCGCUCUCUCGCUCUCUGAUUUUUAAUUUUAUUUGCCGCGUUGCUGAUUUACGUUUUUUGUUGCUUUCUCUAUUCAUCUUUAUGCUGUACUUCUCUUUUUGUCUCUCUCUCUGUUUUUUUCUUCUGUAUGGUCGUGACUAAGCGAGUGACUGUGAGUAAAGCCAUAUGCAGGAAAAAGGGAAAGGGAACGCACUUCGUGAUUCUGUGGUCGGGCUCUGCAAGAAGACUUUCGUACUCGUUUUGCUCGAACGGUAUUGGCUUGCACUACAAGAAAGAAAAAUCCAGGCUUGUUUUCAAUGUCAAUUUCAAAAGCGUAGAUUGGGAUGCAUUUUUCCCGCUCAUUUACGGCCUGCCCGGUACACCGUUGUAAACAAUUGUGCUACAACUUAAUGUUUCUCGCUCUCCGAAUCGCUGCGCAUAUGCUAAAACUUCGAGCAUUGUAACCUGAUCGCAGAUGUGGGACAUCUUAAAAUUUAGCUGCUUUCAACGUGACAUGCUUUCUGCUGAAAGCAGAAAUAACGGACGAACAACUUUAACGUCCUUCACUGACCCGAAGGUAAAGUCAGGACUACAUGAGCAUUCCUGAGCGAAAUGCUCAGUCAUCUGGAUAGAGAAAUUGACAUUUAUUCAGCAUGAUAUUCACUGCAGUGCACUGUCAACUUAAUAUAGCGGGAAGAAUAUCGAAGAACACUCUUGCAGAGCACGAUAUUGGUACAUAUCGUCCGGGGUGGUUGAGGAGAAGGCAGCACGCGUCAGAUGUGUUGGCACAUUUAGAACUUCUGCUAGGUCAGUGAUGCACGAGAAUUUCUCCAACACUAACUGCAGCUCCCGACUUAUUGUCAGUCAUAGAAUCAGUUGCGAUAAGAAAUGAGUUGCCUUGAAAUAUGGCUGAAAUGUGGCCGUGUGCAAUGGCUGUUACAUGUGCUACAAAUAGGUAUUCGUGCAUUACUUUAUCUGCAUUUUUGUUUUCGCGAAAAUUCUGCCUUUUAGCCUAAAUUCAUCGCGCGGAGUUUAGUAUUUCGAGUGUCGCUCAUGAGUUCGCCGGGUCGUGCUAGAUAUUGCUUAAAACGAAACAUGUUUGGUCCUAAAGGGCUAUCCACGACCAAACUGUCCACGUAACUGCCUUGUUCGAAUUUCGCGCUGUUGGGACAAACAGCAGGACCAUAGCGCCACCUUAUGACUGGUGAACGCAUUGUAAGGAUGGAAGUGACACAAGCCACCGCUUCACAGAGCCUUGGUGCUUUCGAGAAAACAAUGUCGCGGCGCUUGGUUCAACAUGACCGCACGUAACUGUGCUGUUCACUGUUGUAUUUAAAACCUCUUCCUAACUAGCUACCAAUUACAUAACCAGCGCGGUCAACACGUCUUCUAGCCAUGUCUUCCUUGUUUGGUUGCUACGUAGACCAGCUACCUUCUUCAUAUCACCCCGGUAGGAGUGUGCCAGACCACCGCAGUGAUGUGUAAGGGAAAAGAAAUAGAUAUGAAAGGUGCGAGAACGCGAAAGAGAAUCAAACUUUAAAAAAAAAAGACAUUUAAAAAAACAAAGCGAAGUGCGCGCAACCUUUUUUGCCGUGGUGCUGUGACUAGAGUUCCUCUUAGAUCUUUAGCGGGAAGGCCGUCGGGGACUGGAGAUAUAUUGCGGGUAUUUCUAAAUCAUAUUUUGGAUUGAAGUGUAUUCAACUCCUUCCGGGCCCCGACGUGCUUUCCACCUAAAGAACACUCUGAAAGAAAGACGAAACGAAGUAACAUUUAGAACGCGUCGAGAGAAAAUGAAGCUCGCAGUGCUCUGUGUUUGUAUACGGAAGUAUGCCUCGCACACACAUACACCUCCCCUUUUGUCGCGUAUGGAAAAACUUACUUUGCUUAUAGACGGAGAGAUCUGCCUACAUCGUUUACACCUUUUUAACUGCGGGCAUCAUUACGCCUCCCUUCCUGCAUUCGUAUUGCGGGGAUUGCACUUACCGAAAAUCUGACAGAUGUGCUCAACCUGCGACGCACGAUUACUUUAUUUUAAAAUUAUUUUCUUUCCUUCAUAGCCAUGAAUGAGGUAGCCACACCAUUACCCGCGUAUACGUCUAUCUGUCUGAGGCUGGAGUUGGCGGACUUUCGCUUCGAGAAAGUUGCAACGUAGUUAUAAUGUCGCCAGGAAAUGAUACGUCCAUGUGCUUGAUACGUACUACGUCUGCCUGUACUUUCGCCUGUUUUGCGUUCGCUGCGGUCCCCUCGCUGCCGGGAGGCGUUCCAGGUGUGAGUUGUGCUAGCCGCUGUCCAGCGCGUAGUUGCAGGCGCCGCUCCUCGGACUUAUGUAGCAUUUGCGUGAGUGCCUAAUUUCGUAUUCCUUUUUUUUUUUUGCCUGAAUUGCUCGGGGAAUCUGCUGACUCGGACGACAGUGUUGUGUACCUUGUCAGCUCAAUAGUUUUUACCGUGCACUAUAUACAGCGGGCCGGAAUGAAAACACAUACUGUAAGGAGAGAAGUGCUUAUAUCCUCUUUUAUUUUAUCAUUCCAGUCGGUGUAAAAGCGAAAGAAGGUAGUAUCGUUUCGAAUGCAGUAACUUUGCUGUGGAAAGCAAAAAAGGGAGAAAGAACUGGUACCAUUCGUAAUUGAAAUUACGCAUGUCGUUUCAUCUUUUCCGGAAAUCACGAACUUAGUCAUUCACACUUGCAAACUUUGAAAAAUUUUUGUGAUUUGUGAGCAGCGGACGGUUUCUUAUCUUUGUCUAUGUGCGGUAGCCUUCGCCAAAGCGGACAUUCGACUAAAGCGCCUUGCCGAUGUUUCAAAGCUCGAUCGUCCGAUUUUUUAAGGACGAAUUCGUCGAACUAUCGACUGAGCAUAGAACUUUCUUUUUUUUUUUUUUUUUUGCUGAUCGUGCAUGAUGUAGCAGUUUCACCUCUCUCCUUAUUUCGUUGCUUAGAGAUGACAAACGGGAGUGUUCUGUCUUGUUGGCAUAUUUCCCCAGCUAGUCAAUGUUUUGCGUGUGCAUGCGUCCGGCAUACAUAUUACAUGCCGUCUGUUUUAUUUCUCAUUCUCUCUCAUCCGGUUAACAGGGCGAGGGAAAAGACAUAGAUGGCUGAUGUCGCUUGUGAAGCGCUUACGAAGAAAACAUUUAAUAUUGCUUUUUUUUAAAUUCAUUUGUGUUUUAUUGGUGCUAAGCAGUAUGGAGACAACUUUUUUUUAUUUCUCACUUUCCAAUUGCGUCGUUGUGUUUGUAUUGUUGCCGUCUUCGUUGCGUUGCCAUGACAAAUGUGUUUUAGAGCUUCUUGGACGUCCACUGAGGAGGAGUGUAACCACGCUCGUUCUCGGUUACAGCUGUCUUGCUUCCCGUACCUUUCAUCCCUUUUUUCCCAUCUUCUCUCUUCGCGACGCUGUGGCCUGCGCACAUUCUGCUUGAUCGCUACGCGUCUGGAAGGUCCGUUCGAUUCGCCUGCGUUCCCUGAACUGGUGCUGCACUUUGGUACUCGUUUGACCAGUCCAACAUGGCGACGGCUGCACGCGGUCAUUCGUUUGACGCGGUGCAGACGUUGGCGGGGGGAGACACAGAACAAGGUCCGCGGUUGUAGAAGUGGUAGUGCAGGCUUCAUGCACGAGGUUGCGGUUUCGUGCGCCAGCACGGAGAUGACACACCGAACGCUCGUGGAGCGCAGCGCGAAUCGAACGGACCUCGCGAGGGGAGACGGCAGGCUGUGCGCAGGUCAUAAAAUGCAGCCUCCUGGCCUUCGCCGGGUCUUCUUCCGAGUUCGCCGCUGCAAGAGAGUGUCCAGAGGCUUCCCUGCGUAUAUUUGCAUUGCCAUGCUUGGACCGCAGCUUAUUCCUUGCUCGCGCCAGUGUUCCGGUUUUCUGUGAGGGACGAUCGCUGCAAUGUCUUCUUUUCCUUUUUUUUUUUGCCUCGUACAAGGUCAUCAGCGAGAGUGUUGUUGUCCUGAGAGAUGAUAGUUUCUUGUGAAAGAAUGCUGUUGAGUUUAUUAGUUUUUUUUCUUUUCCUUCUUUUUUUCUUGUGUGUCACUUGUGCGUGAAGAAAGAUAAGAAGAAAGAUGUGUUAAGGCUGUUCGCGGUCUUGGUUCAUUUUCUUUUUUCUGUUAUACGAAGGGAGACAGUCAUCAAGUGCGCAAUAAAAUAAGGCAGAUUCCCAAAAAGAC